GCUGCCCGGGAAUCGCAGGACACUCCUCAGUCAGGCUUGCAGGGCUGUUUUCAGUAGAGGAUUUCUAAUUUUAGGAGCCUCUGCUGCCUAUGGUUGAGCGCUGCCUUGCUGGAUCCCAGAAGAGAGGGGCUGAGCUGUGCCGAGCCAGGCAGCGCCUUUUAUUUUCAGCUGAGCUAGUGUCAACCUGAGUGGCCCCAGAGGCCCGAGCCAAGCACUGCGCAGGGCUGCCAGAGUCCUUCCCACAAGGCUGAAAGACGGAGACUCGGAUUUGAAGCUUCCAGUCCUGUGUCCAUUUGGCCUUUAACUGGAGGAUCUUUGGCUAUGUAUGGUGUGUAUUGUAUGGAUUACCAAUACCCAGUCGUCCAGGGUAACCAGGAGCCAUCAGCAACUCCUGAUGCAAUGGUGCAGCCAUUCACCACAAUCCCAUUUCCGCCACCCCCACAGAAUGGGAUUCCCACAGAGUAUGGGGUGCCACACACUCAGGACUAUGCAGGCCAGACCAGCGAGCACAAUCUGACACUCUACGGCAGCACGCAGCCUCACGGAGAGCAGAGCACGAACACGGCCAGCACGCAGAACGGAUCUCUUGCACAGACAGAAGGAGGGGCACAGACAGAUGGACAGCAAUCACAGACACAGAGCAGUGAGAACACUGAGAGCAAAUCCACUCCAAAACGACUUCAUGUGUCCAACAUUCCCUUCCGCUUUCGAGAUCCUGACCUUCGGCAGAUGUUUGGGCAAUUUGGCAAAAUCCUUGAUGUAGAGAUAAUCUUUAAUGAGCGUGGCUCGAAGGGAUUCGGGUUCGUAACUUUCGAGAAUAGUGCUGAUGCAGACAGGGCCAGGGAGAAAUUACACGGCACCGUGGUAGAGGGCCGUAAAAUCGAGGUUAACAAUGCCACUGCGAGAGUGAUGACCAAUAAGAAGAUGGUCACACCUUAUGCAAAUGGUUGGAAGUUGAGUCCUGUGGUUGGAGCGGUGUACGGCCCUGAGUUAUAUGCAGCAUCCAGCUUUCAAGCAGAUGUCUCGCUGGGCAAUGACGCCGCAGUGCCCCUGUCAGGAAGGGGGGGUAUUAACACUUACAUUCCUUUAAUCAUUCCAGGCUUCCCCUAUCCAACUGCAGCCACCACAGCCGCCGCAUUUCGGGGCGCCCAUCUGAGGGGCCGAGGAAGGACGGUGUAUGGGGCAGUGCGGGCAGUACCUCCCACGGCCAUCCCUGCCUACCCAGGAAUAGUCUUACAGGAACCAAUCAUUAGCGCUAAAAUACCUCAGGGUGGAUAUGCAGCCUACAGAUAUGCACAGCCUGCUACUGCAACAGCAGCCACGGCCGCUGCAGCCGCUGCAGCAGCUUACAGCGAUGGUUAUGGCAGGGUGUACACAGCAGAUCCUUACCAUGCCCUUGCCCCUGCCGCUAGCUACGGAGUUGGCGCUGUGGCGAGUUUAUACCGAGGUGGCUACAGCCGAUUUGCCCCCUACUGAAGUGACGUGAGCCCCCUGCAAGUGGGACAGCCCCCCCAGUUCAUGAGGCCUGGCUAUUGCAAUAUUUACUAGUAGAGGAACUCUAUAGCAAGUCGAGGAGGAAAAACAAAAAAAAAAAAAAAAC